AUGCCGGGUGACGGGAAGGACUCUGGCGUGGCCAUCAACAAUCUCAACCUCAACCGCGAUUUUGAAAUGUCUGCCACAGAGUCUCCGCCCACUCAGCCCAUCAAGUCUCCAAGGAAAGUGGAACCAACAGCGAGCACUAUAGGACCAGAGAUUGUUGUUGUCCCUCGCUCGGAGCGGCGAGGCCUGCUGAGCCGAUUCUCCGUCAUUCCUGAGAUCACCAACCCGCCGGCCCUGGCCGAGGUAGCGCAUGACCUCGAUACGACCCCGACGGUUGCGAACUUGUCGGUGGCACUCUACUUGCUCGCCAUGGCUUUCACUCCUAUCUGGUGGUCCGCACUGUCCGAGAAGCAUGGACGGCGAACGACCUAUCUCCUCUCCUUUUUUCUCUUCUUGGCUUUCUCCUGCAUCAGUGCCGUCAGUGUCAACGUCACAAUGUUGAUCGUUUUCCGAGUCCUAAGCGGUGGAGCUGCAGCUUCCGUCUUGUCCAUGGGCGCGGGAACCGUCGCCGAUAUCUGGGAUCCGAAAGCACGAGGCAAAGCUAUGGGAGUCUUCCAGCUGGGCCCUCUCUGCGGGCCCGGUCUGGCGCCCGUGAUCGGUGGUGCUUUAACUCAGGGUCUCGGCUGGCGGAGUACCCUCUGGUUUCUCACCAUCUUUGGCGGUGUGAUGCUGAUGUUCAUUUUCCUGUGUUUGCCGGAGACGAUCGCAAAGCGUGAGCCAAAGCCGCAGACCGAAAAGCAGAAGAACACCAGCAUUUUCGUCAAAAUAUUUAUGUCAAUCUUUGGCCCGUUCAAGGCGUUGGCCCUGCUCCGCUUCCAGCCCGUCAUCGUCGUAAUUUGGUCUGGCGUCAUCGCCUUCUUUACCAUGUACAUCAUGAAUGUCUCCAUCCAGGCCGUCUUCGGCAAGGCCCCCUACAAUUUCAGCAUUUUGGAGGUGGGUCUUGUAUAUUUAGCACCGACAAUCGGGUACGCCAUCUCGUCAAUUUUUGGUGGUCGCUGGAUCGACCACAUCAUGGUUCGUGAGGCAACCAAGGCCAAUCGCUACGAUGAUAACGGCAAGCUCAAGUACUUUCCCGAGGACCGGAUGAGAGAGAAUAUCUGGCUGGCUUUGACACUGUAUCCAGCCUCGUUGAUUUGGUACGGCUGGUCCGCUGAAAAGGGUGUGCAGUGGGCGGUCCCUUGUGUCGCCUCUAUCUGCUUCGGGCUCGGCAUGAUGCUUGUCAUGGGCACUGUGCAGACCGCUCUGACGGAGUUCACUCCCAAGAAAGCAUCUAGCGGUGUUGCCGUGGCAAAUUUUGUGCGAAAUAUCCUUGCAUGCACUGGAGCCGUCGUCACUCAACCCAUGCUCAAUGGGAUCGGCAAUGGAUGGAUGUGCACUAUGAUUGCUCUGAUCGCGUUUUUCACGGGUAUUUCGGCCAUCCUUUCUCUCCGCAUCUGGGGGCCCCAGUGGCGGGUGUUGAUGAACCAGAAGUUGAAUGCCCCAAAGCCGUAA